ACAAUAACAAUGGUUGUGUCUAACAACUUAUGAGCAUGUACACGGUGUAGAGAAGCAUUAAACCGCUUUGAAAGGUGGUCUAAGAGCAGCUGCGUCCAUACAAGAACUAUAAAUUCAUUGUGUAACUAUAGAGCUACAGUUUUACGGACAAAACAUUUAGGACGAAUAGUUUGUGCAGUUAAGAACACUACUAUGGCGAAGGCUUACGAAUAUUAAUUAUGUUAUAUGACGUUCGCGCAGCAGACGACGCUGAUUUGCUGGUAGACGCUACACUUCAGUAGACUGGCGAAUGAACGUCUCGGAUAUUGCUUCCACAAAUAACUUACUCACGUGAUUGGACGAGCGAUGACCCUUAAGACCCAACUUGUUUAAUAUUCAUGAGCCAUGCCUUUGCAGUGGUAGGAUUCGUAGUCUACAAGAGCGGAUAGAUAUACGUGCACGUGGUGAAUCUGUAAACUGUUUUCUUUUUGUGACAUGCAUUAUUUAUUCAGUUUGCGGUUUAAGAAAUAAAAGGAGGAGAGUUUAAUAUUAUUAUGGACGAAGUACAUCGAGCAGAUCCUCCGAAUUGGAUCCAGCAGCACGCCGUGUAUCAAGACCUGAUGCAUUUAGAUGUCGGUGACAGUGCUCAAGUAUAUGCUGCCUUCCUGGUGUACAUGGAUCUGACGGAAGUGCGUAAAUGGAAAGAGGUGGUUGGCGUUUCCUGCCCAGAGUUACAGGCGGUUCUGCUGGAAGGUCUAGAGAAGGAUGGAGAAACAGCUCAUAUGAUCUAUCCUCUGCCUUCACACAGAUCCAUCAAACACAGAGAGUUGCGGUGUAUAUUAGACAGAGGUGCCCCGAUGCUCUUGUGUGCAGUGGCUUCGGACUCCACGCUGGUGUAUCAGAGACUGUGUGACGGUUUCCUGACCCCUGACCCUCCGGUGGACAUACGGGACCAAGGCCGCCGACAGCAUCGCAAACGGAGGUUACAGAUGUGAGACAAACACCCAGAUGAUACGCACAGACUGCGAUUCCUAACUCCCCAGAUGUGAGGAUUGGGUAGCACUUACAGUUUGAAUACAUUUCUGAACUCAUUUUUAUCUCUGAAGAUGAGAGCGAUUGGGUGAACCAAGGAAUGGUUCUCCCAAAACGUUUCAUAUGUUCAUCCCUCAUUCCAAAUCUAAAUGACUUUUACAUUUUUCUGUAAAAAAAUACAAAAAACAACAUUGCACCCCAU